CACUUCAAAGUCAGCGGCUACGUAGUUCGGAGGUGAUUGGUUACGGGCACCAGAAAAAAAAAAAAAAGUUUUCUCGAAUGAAAGGGCAAAAUCGGGAAAUUGCGGGGGAGCAUUUGAGAGGUGCGGGGCUUUGGAGAAGAGACAGAGGCUGAGCGCACAACCUGGCAUCGGAGCGCACCGCCGUCGGACAUCACGCUGGCUGCAGAACACAUGGCUGCGCUCGCCGUGUCCACCACGGAGAACCUUCUGCACUCGUUUUUACAGGACAGAACGCCCAGCUCGUCACCGGAGAGCGCGCCUCUUCCUUUGGCGUUCCUGGCAUCCACCUGUGGUCAGGCCAGGCACAUCGGCACAACGGCCUCCGAAGUGUCCCAGUUCUCCUAUGAGGCGGCGGUGGGCUCAACCUCUGGGAUGUUUCAGCUCUGGAGCAAUGACAUUCAGGCCAGCAGUUCUCUUGGCUCCCAUCAGAUGACAUUCAGCGUCCCCAAAGUUCAGUACCCGGGCCAUGUGCCCUCAGGCUUGGGCAGCGGUCACCAUGAACUUCCACUCACCCCUCCGGCCGAACCUUCCGGCUAUUCCUUUGACCUGUCCCCUGUCAAAGUGCUGGCCUCCCAGGUGCAGAGCAAUGCCUCCUAUUCGUACCACCAGGCCAGCGCCGUGAGCCAGAACUUCUCCAACUUCCUCCAGAACUCGUCAGGUCUGCCGGGGAGGCACCACCUUGCAGGAGGGCACAUGGACGACUCUCAGCAGUGGUGGAGCCUCCAGCAAGGGAACGCCAACACCGGCACCCACCCGUUUGCACUGGGCAGGCCCCUGGUCUUGGGCCACCAGCCUCAGAUUGCCGCCCUUUUCCAGGGCACCUCCAAAAGUCUGCUGAGUUCCACCAGGAGGUGCAGGAGGUGCAAGUGUCCCAACUGCCAGGUGUCGGGGGGCCCAACCGACGAAGCAGGCAAGAAGAAGCUGCACGUCUGCCACAUUCCAGAGUGCGGCAAGGUGUACAAGAAGACGUCGCACCUGAAGGCUCACCUGCGCUGGCAUGCUGGCGAGAGGCCCUUUGUGUGCAACUGGCUCUUCUGCGGGAAGAGCUUCACGCGCUCCGACGAGCUCCAGCGCCACCUUCGCACUCACACCGGGGAGAAACGGUUCGGCUGCCAGGAGUGCGGCAAGCGCUUCAUGAGGAGCGACCACCUGUCCAAACACGUGAAGACUCACCAGAACAAGCUGAAGAAGCAGCAGCAGCAGCAGCAGCCCGGCUGUGGAGACGGACUGCUGGACAGCAUCAAGAAGGAGUAGCGCCGCUUGGUUCUCGGGACGCUCCCUGGCUGUCAGAGGCUCGUGCCCGUGGGGUCCGGCGGCGUGUGUGUGCGUGUGUGUUCGUAACCGUGUGGCCCUGGAGACUCCAUCGUCAGCGUCGAGCGGCCAGUGCUGAAGUGAAGAUGGGACCCU